AUGCAAAACACUGGUAUAUGUAUAUCAACUUCCACUUUCCCAGUAAUCCGCAUACGCACACGAACAAAGUACCCACCAUCUCCAAACACUACAAACAACAACAACCAACUUAACCCUAACCAGCCCAAAAUGCGCGUCCCCAUCCCCACGUCCCGCACCCCUCCCCAACCCACCACUCAACCGCACAGCCGCUCCCCACUCCCCAAAACAACCCUCCUCUUCAAGUGUCGCGCCCCCACCUGCGGAACCCUAAACAAAGUCCACAAGCCGCGCGACACGCCCCGCGCGCUACUGAAAAAGGACCUCGUAUGCGCGGAAUGCGGGUUGAAAGUGCUAUGGGGGCUGGGCAGUAACACUAACGGGGAGGCACACGGGGACAAGGAAGUAGUAGAGAGCGAGGAGGACAUGGCGAAGUUUCGGCUGCGGAUGGAGGGCGUGGCGAUGGAAGAGGAGCGGUUGGCGAGGAUGAUGAGGGAGGCUAGGGCGGGGGUUGAGGAGGUGGAAUAUGUUUGA